AUGGCCUAUGAUCCUUUCGAAAGAUUUUUGGACCCUUUUUAUGAUCCGACCUUUGAUUUGGGUCUUCCUUACCUUUUUGUGAGCGAUUUGACUACGCCUUCCGGAACUAACGAUCGGUUUGAUCGUUGGGGGCCUCGUGAUCGUGGUGGAAAUCGUGAUAGAAUGGAUAGAUUAGGCUGGGGAGAUCGAGACGCAAGACGUCGGGUGCCUAUUCAAGAUCGUAUACCACGUCAUGUAGAAUCGCGUGUUAUGACUGAAAGAGAAGGAGACGGAGUUCCUAAAGAAGAUAUUUCGAUUGAUCUUCGUGAUCGUGAACUGAUUAUUCAAGGCGAAUCCAAAGGAUUUACUUACGAAUGUGCAACAUCGCGUGUUCGUGAACGUAACAUCGGGCGUUUCCGGAAACACGUUUUUUUGCCUCGUGAUAUUUCCGUGGCUAAAGAAGAUAUCGAUGCAAAUUAUCAGGAUGGAUUGCUUGAAAUAAAGAUCCCUCGUGGAAAAACGGAAGAAAUGGGUCGAAUUACUAUUAAGUGA